AUGCCCUGCUGUAUCGCCAUCAUCCAGUACCGCCAAUGCCAUCAUAACACAUUAUUCAAAAUAGGAUGCACCCUGAAAAUACCAUGCGAAUCCCUGUGCGAUCCUUCGGAACAAGAAACGCUGCUAGUGACACAAUAUCAGUGGUCUUGCGAAGAAUGCCACACUCGGCUAUGGUCAGAGCAGGAGGAAAAGAGAGCAUCAGCCUGGGACGAGCGUGUACAAAAGAUGGAAGAUGAAGAAGACGACUCUACAGAGCUAGCACAGCACCGAGAACGCAUCAUUGAUGGAAUCCGGGGUAGAGAAGCCUUUGAAGAGAAGCAUGUCUAUGAGCCUACACGACUGAAGCAAGUGGAAGAGAUCCAAUGGGUAGAGGAUUGGACGGUACAAUAUGGAAAACUACUCUGGGAAGUAAAACACAAUCGUGAAAAGGACGGAAUCUACACGGCCAGACGAGCAAAGUAUCUCUUGGAUGCCAAACUUUGGGAUCUGACUGUGGUCAGAGAUGUUACAAGAGACGGCGAUGCCAGGAAACAAGUGAACUACAAGAUGGAGGAUAGACCCAGCUAGCCGGCAGCAGUACCCCUUUCAAAGUACUAACAAACCGUUGUAAUUAGCUACUGGAGCCCUCUCCAUAUCCUUACCAUAGCCUUGGGUACAAUGUACAUCUUUUUGACAGACAGGAGUAUAGAAACAGUUGGUGGCUUGAUAGUGAUCGACCAUUAAUGACAACGAUUGACACGCUGUGCGGCGCUUCCAGAAGCAUGCCAUGUGACGAGACCGCCUGGGAGGCUCAAACGGAAUGAUAUUCAUAAGGCAUACGCCGUUUUGGGGUUUGUCUUGGGUUGGCGUUACGAAAGUCCUAAGCCUCAACAUGGCGCGUUGGGGUAAAGGAAGUGGCACGGCGAUCGGCAUCACAGCCUGGAUAGCCAUUAGGUAAUUCGAUACGUUUUAGGGACAGUCUCCCUUCCAUCUGCCGAGUGGGCUUCCGUCGAUUUGAGUGCUAGCUCCGAUUCAAAAUUUUCGCUAUUUGGUAUUUCAUGCAUGCCGAAAACGAGAAAAGGGUUGGACCUUACGUUUUGGGAGCAUUCAAGAUCGCAGCUAAUCCCCUCGAAAUCGCCAUCCCGAUGCAAGCCUGCGUAGCAUUACUACCGUCUGGAAUUGGUGGUGGCUACAGUGCCUUAGCGUCACUUUUUGGUGCAAGCGACUGCAACACCGUACACUUCAUUCCGGCGGGCGCUAAAAUCGCUGGGCGGUAGUUUGCAGGUAGAAAAUUUGCACGCCCUCACCGUCGCCAUACGAAACGGAAGAUUUCGGGGGCUCGGUAUC